AUGGCGCGCCCGGACGCGAGGGCCGCGGCGAGGAUGGUGCUCGACGUGAACGCCGAGAUCGCGCCGAGGGACGUGAAGGGCGACCGGAGCAAGUCCGUGCUGUUCGACGCGUGCCGGCUGGCCAAGUCGCUGCUGGAGCUGCAGCCGCACAAGCGGUGGCGCGUCAUCCGCGUGGUGUGGGUGGAGAUGCUCUGCUACGCCGCGAACAAGUGCCGGAGCAACUUCCCCGCCAAGCAGCUGAGCGCCGGCGGCGAGCUGCUCACGGUCGUUUGGUUCUUGAUGGCGCACUUUGGGGUGGGCGAGCUGUAUAGGAUUGAGGCGGGGCAUGCAAGAGCUAAACUAAUUGUAGAGAAGAACUGA